AUGCGACACACUGCCUGGCCCAGCGACGCGGACCUGCAACUAUCCGACGACAGAGACGGCCGCUUCGCGGGUGGAUGGGGCGGAGGGGGGAACAUGGGCCAAGGGCUGGCGGCGCAGGGGGAUGGGGGGAGCGCGGGGAAUGGUAGCUGGGGUUGGCGCAACUGGAAGGGUGCGGGGGAAGGUGAGCUGGGCGGGGGGCUGAGUGAAGCGCGGAGGAGGGAGGCGCUGCAGGGGCAGGAGUGGGGCAGCAGAGGGGCGCGGCUGAGAGCGCGGGCUGCGGGGGAGCAGAGCCGGCGAGGCGUGGGCGGUGGGGGCGCGGGGGAGCAGCGGGCGGAGGUUUCAAGGGGCGAGCAGGGCGGCGAGGGGGCGAGCGAAGGGGCAGCGGGCAGCAGCGGUGGCGGAGGCGGGCAGCAGUAUGGCGUGCAAGCAGUGCAGCGGGAGGCGUGGUGGACGGCGUUCCAGAGAGGCGCGGCUCGCGCGUGUGCCCCCCACGGCGCGCCUGUCAGUGGCGGACCUGACACUGCCGGACGCGCGGUGGCUGCUGGUGGUGCCGCGGCACGGCGUGGGCAACUGCGAGGGUGGGUGUCCGCCGUGCCCUACGCCGUGUUGUCCGGCCGCACCCUCGUGCGCGCCCACGCCGCACAGCACAGCCGCGUGCUCGACACCCUCUGCCUCGCCUUCCACUGCGCCUUCCCCGCGCUGCAAGGCCCGCUCUCCCUCGCUGCCACUGCAGGGCAGGGCGGCAGGGCGGGGAGUGAGGGCGAGAGGGAGAGGGAGGCGGAGGAGGUGAUGGCGGCAGUGAGGGCGCUCGACCCCAUGUUCUUCCUGGAGAUCUCCGACACGCCUCAAGCGGUGGCGGAGACAGUGCCAUCGGACUACCCCCUACUGGCCACGCGUGCCGGAACCUUCUUUGAUGCCUUCUGGGAGCGCUCGCCCCCGCUGCGCGCCUGUGUCUUUGCCGCCUUCCACUGCGCGUCCCUCCACUGCGUGCGCUCCAAAGCCCUCUUCGCCCUCCUCGGCGCCGGCCCCUCCCCCGCCCUGCUGCUCGCCACCCGCUCCGUGCUGCGCGGCCCAGCCGGCAGUGAGGGGGAGGAGGUGGGCCGUGCAGGUGCAGGGGAUGAGGGGAAAUCUGGCGGGGUAGGGAGGAAGGGUGGUGAGAGGGCAGGUGCAGGGCGCGUGGCGGAGCAGCAGACGCACAAGGGGCUGACAAGGGUAGGUGAGGCGGCCCCUGGGCAGUCCACCAAGCGGCACCUCCUUAGUGUGGGGGGCAAGGUUGCAAGGGACGGAAGGGGGAGGGGUGGAGGGGCGGCGGAGCAAGGGGAGGUGGUGGGGGAGGGGGCGGUGUGGUUUGAUGUGGCGGUGCAUGUGCGCACUCGCACUCUGGCCGUGGAGAAAGCCGUCAAGCCCGGCAGCACCGACACGCAGUGGCAGGGGUGCACCGAUGCAGACGCCCACCCCCCCGCGUCGCCAUUCAUGCAGGACUGCCUGUGGCGCUGCGUGCUCUCCACCGUCGCCCUCCUCGCUGCCAACUCCACCACCAGCACCAGCAGCAGCAGCAGCAGCGGCAGCAGCGGCCAUGCGGACACGCAAUCAGUGCCCUCGGCAGGAGAGCGGGGAGGGAGGGGGGUGUCGGUGUUUGUGGCAACGGACAACGAGGAGCUGCGGCCCGCGUUUGUGGAGCGCCUGCAGCGCAUGGAGGGAGCACACGUGUACUGGUCCGCAGCAGCAGUGCGCCACACGUCCAAGGCGGGCACCGAUGGGCAGGCGGGGCAGGGGGGCCUGCAUGGGCUGGCGGACUGGUGGUUGCUGUCACGCGCCUCUGCUGUGCUGCAGGUGGCACAUGCGAGCUCCUUUGCCUACUUUGCUGCUCUCUUUGCUAACAGCACUUUUGCUUCGAUUUCCACGCUAAAUGGCCGCUGUGAUGUGCAUUAUGAGCAUAUAGCUGAACCUGUUACAUGA